UUUUUUUCUCCUUCCCAAAACCUCCCUGAACAGGUUCAUUUGGUUUUUUUUGGAUCUAUCUGAAUUCCAAGAACAAGCUGCCUCCUGCACAGACCAGUCUUGAUGGGGACUAAAGGAUAAAGUUCAGCAUAUUACCUCAUUUCAGCUGGUUUGUUUUUAAAGACAUACCGUCAUUUCAGCUUGGAUCUGAACAUGUUAAGGACAGGUUUUUACAGAACCUGAGGCCAGUGGAAAUGUUAUCCUUUUUAGUCACUUUUCUUGGAGAUGGUUACAGCAAAUAAACAUGCAAGGUCUCAUCCUGCUCUAUAGACAAGUCCAUGUGAGUUUCCUUGAAGGACAGAAGUGAAAGGAAAAGUACCCUCUCCUGGUGUCUACCAGAACCUAUCCCUUACUGCAGUUUGGGCUCCUUCCAGACAUCAGAUCCAUCAUAGUCAAUUAUUGAUAACUGUUAUUUCUUUUGACUCUUCUGGUGUGCUGGAAACAGUCUCUGCUUUGGAAACCAUUACAGCUAUAUAACUUGCAAACUAUGAGUAAUGGUUUCCUCCAAUUUCACUCACUCCUUUUAUGUGUUUCCAUUCAUGCCUGUCUUUCUCUCUGCCUGCCCAGUUCUGCUAGGAGGUGAGGUACUGGAUCUCAGUGCAGUAGCUUCCUUGCUGCCUUGAAGAGGAAUUGCAGGUAAACAUCAGUCACCCUGAACAGGACACUGUAAGGAUAAGCCUGGGAAACAUUCAAAACUCCAGUAAAUUCCAACACACAGAAGGGAAUACUGGCUUAGUGGCUACAUGAUGCAUUUCCCUUCACCUCACUAGCAUCUCUGUCAUCUGGAAAUAGGUUUCUGGCUACCUCUUUGUCUCCUAGGAAAACACUACCACAUCAACUCACUUGCCCUUUAUCACUCUUUACUUCACAAAAGUACAGCUAACUUUUCUCUCCAAAGUGACUGAAUUGAUAGAGGUCUGAACAAUUGUUGUCUGUGGACAGCUCUCCAGUCUCCUGCUUGUGUUUCAGACCUUUGUGUUCCCAGAAGUUUGGCUUUUUUUCCAGUUAUGGCUCUUGUUCUUUCAAAAGAUAUUGCCAUGGUCUACAAACUUUGUUUUACCAAUGUCCUUAGGUUAUGCUGGCUGCAACACUACCACCAUCUUCUUCCUUGCAGGCCAGCCAUUGCUAUUUCAGUAGGGCUUAGGAACAAAGAGGCAUCAAGGACAUACGCAUCCCUCCCUUGGCAAUUUAACCUCGGAGGGACUGGUGUAUAUGAUCUGAAUUCCUGCAGUGCUAGAGUAUGAGCAUUUGAAUGCCCUUCAUAUGGCUGUCCCAUUGACAAUUUGCUGUCCUGUCAAUGAUCUGCUAUUUUUACUUCUCUUUUAUUCAGGAGGGUGUACCUAGUGGUUUUGCCUUUGAAAAUUAGUAGAGAUCAAGAGAAAAACUGAUUCCUUUCAGUUGGCUGGAGAAGUAACUAAAGCAGCACUAUUUUCUAUAAAUAUAUAUAUAUUAAGAACUUUAAGCUUAUUUAAAGAUUUUUGACUCUGUGUGAAACUCAAACUGUUGUGACUCAAUUUCUGCUCCGCAAGGGAGAAGGUAGAAGAAGCUGAAUACUGACUUUAAAUAUGUUUAAAAAAGGAGGGAAGUGUUUCUCUGCAGAUGGAUACAUAGUGUGUAUGUGUAUAUAUAUGCAUACAGACAUAAUACCCACACUGUGUAGGGAGUGUAUAUACAAAUGUGUGUAUAUGUGUACACACACACUCACACACAUCCCUGUUUAGUCUCUGAAUAGAUGGAAGAGUCACUUGGUUCUAGUAUUUUCCUUGUUUAUAGUUGCGGGUGCUGUGUCCAGGAACCUCAGUCUUGUUUCUAUGGCAGCUAUUCCCAGCCUUUUAACAUCCCACCUUCCCUCAAUCCCCAAUGCAAUGAGAGGAAGAGAAGAGUGUUGUGACACCCACACUGAGCAUCUCAUGGCGGGGAUAAGAGCAUGGGCAGAGAUGUCUUCAGAUGACAGGCUCAUACAGGAGGGACCCAGCACAAUGGCUUCGUUUCCUGUCUUGGAGCAAGAAACAUUGUUCCAGAACAGUACCUGGAGCUAUCGAAUUCCAGCCCUGCUCUACCUGCCGCGUUUUAGCAUCAUCCUGGCAUUUGCUGAGGAGCGAGAGGAUGUGGUGGAUGAACAUGCCAAGCUACUAUCAAUGCGCAGAGGCGUGUAUGACCCAACCACGCACCAUGUUCAGUGGAAUAGUAUGGAGACCAUUGUUAGUGCGCAGCUGAAAGACCACCGAUCUAUGAAUCCCUGUCCUGUUUAUGAUGAGAUCUCAGGAAAACUGAUCCUGUUUUUCAUAGCUGUCCCAGGAAAGAUCUCUGAGCAGCAUCAGCUCAGGACAAAGAUCAACCUGGUACGUCUCUGCUACGUCACUAGCAUGGACCAAGGACGCACCUGGAGCACUGCCCAGGACGUCACCAACAGUACCAUUAGCACCGAGUACAAGAACUGGGCCACUUUUGCAGUGGGGCCGGGUCAUGGAUUGCAACUGCUCAACAAGGCCCGGAGCCUUGUGAUUCCUGCCUAUGCCUAUCGGAUCUUGGACCCUAAGCAACACCCCACCCCUCAUGCCUUCUGCUUCAUCAGCUCUGACCACGGGACCACGUGGGAGAUGGGGAACUUUGUGGGGGAGGAAAGUGCAGUGGAGUGCCAGGUAGCAGAGGUGCACAGCUGUGGCAGGAGGGUCCUCUACUGCAAUGCAAGGAGCAGCAGGGGAGCCAGAAUCCAGGCUGUCAGCUACAACCACGGGGUGGACUUUGAGGGAGGCCAGCGGGUUGAAAUGCUAGUGGAACCUCCUUCUGGAUGUCAUGGAAGUGUUACUGCCUUCCCACCUCCCCCCGAUGCCAGAUGCCAAGAUAGUUGGUUGCUCUAUGCUCAUCCUACAGACCCAAAGGGUCGAAGAGAUUUAGGAAUUUACCUCAACAAAAGCCCUUUAAAUCCAGCACGCUGGACAAAACCAAGUAUCCUCUUCAAAGGCCUGUGUGCUUAUUCAGACCUGCAGUACAUGGGGGUUGGGCCAGAUGGCUCACCCUUGUUCUCCUGCCUCUUUGAAUAUGGGACCCACCAACAAUGUGAAGAGAUAAUCUUUGUAAUGUUCACUUUGAAGCAAGCCUUUCCAUCAGAGCGUUGAGGUUCAACCCUCUCCGUCAGCAUCCCUCUGAAAGCACCUUUGCUGAUACUUCCUUUCACUGUCACUUCUCAUCUUUCAGCAAAAGGGUUUUUGUACUCUUCCUGUACCCUUAGUUUGAUGUUGGCUUGUGGCAUCUGUAGUCUGUGAAGUUUAUUAAACAUACUAAAACUGAG